CCGCCCACAAAAGGCACACAAAAUGCAAUAGUGGUUGAGGGAGAAAAAAAACAAGAAACAUUUGUGAACGUUGAAAGAAAUAGUCAGGUUAUGAUGAUAUUUAAUAUAUUUGUAAAUAUUGUAGAUAGUGUGUGAAAAAAAGCGAGGUGUUAGUAAGUGAGAAAGACUUGAAAGGACCAGCUCGAGGUUGAUAUUUAAAUAAAAGUGGGAGGAGCUUCAGGAGGCACGUUACAGCGUUAAGUUGGAUUUGGAUGCGUUUGUGUGGAAAUCGUUUUUAUUCUCAAACCGGAGGGAAAUAAAACAGACCGAAGAUCAAAAGAAAGAAGUCAUGGCGACAGACGGGGGGAAAUCAGCUGGCGAAAAGGGCAAUAAAGUAAAAGCGUCCUCACAGGAUGCACAGCCAUCUCCUCUCGCUCUGCUUGCAGCCACAUGCAGUAAAAUAGGCGGCGUGGGUGGGGAGGGGCAGGCCGGCAUGCAGCAGCAGAUCAUCAUCGACCCAAGCCAAGGGUUAGUGCAGCUCCAAAACGCCCCUCAGCAGCUGGAGCUUCUCCCAGCUCAGUUCACAGGAAACGGCUGGCAGAUCAUCGCCGCUUCGCCUGCUGCAGCUAACCCAACCAUCACCAAGGACAACACGCAGGCUCAGAGCAUGGCCACCAUAGCAACCGGGACCAACAUGGUUCCAGUCGAUGCCACGCCCGGGCGAAAGGUUAAAUCAGCCGGGGUGAGCAACGCGUCGGUCAUGCAACAACAACAGCAGCAACAACAACAGCAAUUUCAGAUCAUCCAGGUUCAAAACAUGCCUAAUUCCACAGGAGGGAUCCAGUACCAGGUGAUCCCACACUUACAAACCGCCGAUGGUCAGCAGAUCCAGAUAAACCCCAGCAACCCGACCACUUUAAGCGUUCAGCCUGAACAGAUUCAACUCAUUAACACUGCUAACAACCAAGCCAUCCUGGCCACGCCUCCUAGAGCUACGUCGGCCAACGUAGUUUCACAGAAUGUCACAAACCAGGCCAUCCCUUUGCAAAUUCGGCCCUCGUUCCCACUCCAGCUGCAAACCAUUCAGGGCACGCAAGCCCCUGUGGUCACCACAAUACCUAUCAAUAUUGGCGGCGUCACUUUGGCUUUGCCGGUCAUCAACAACAUGGCUGCAGGGGGAGGAUCGGUGCAGCUUCUGCAGUCAAACGACAUGAACAUCGCGAACGGCAGCCAGCUGAUCGCGACCAGCGUGGAACCGACAUCGGUGACCACCAGCUUGACCACGUCAGGGGGCGGAGACUCCAUCUCUGCAGAAGCUGCAGCCUUAACAUCGGUGUCCAUGACAUCCGACGCCGGCGCAGAUGGGCAAAAAGACCCACGGGCCCAGGGGGGUGAUCCUGACAGCCAGAAUACGGCUCAGUCCAACGGGCUGCAAGUCUCUGAGCAGCAGACCCAAGUGCAGCAGUUCCACAUCGUCAGUCACCCGGUGCUGCAGCAGAUCCAGAUCCAGCAGCCGCAGCAGCAGGCGCAGGCACAGCAGCAGACUCAGCAGCUGGUCCAGGGCUCCAUCCAGCUGCAAACGGCUCAGACGCUACAGCCGCUACAGCAGAACGUACAGCUGCAGGCUUUCCAAAACCCGACGCAGGUCCUGAUCAGGGCACCCACCCUCACGCCAACUGGUCAGAUCAGCUGGCAAACGGUGCAGGUCCAGAACACAGGUGUGGCUCAGCAGCUCACACUGGCUCCGGUGGCUUCCAGUCCGAGCGGCGGUGCGUUCACACAGAUCGCCCCUCUUGCCAUUGGAGGAACACCCAUCACCCUGAACACGGCCCAGCUGGCCUCGGGGACCGGCGUACAGACGGUCAACAUUGCAGGGCUGGGCACCGCAGGGGUUCAGGUGCAGGGCGUCCCACUCACCAUCGCAGGGGUACAGGGUCAGCAACAAGGUCAGGAGGGUGUUAAAGUCCAGCCCGGCCCCAUGACUGUCACCGUGGGGAACUUAACCAACAACAGUCUGAACGCAGUGAGUCCGGACCAGCUGGGUCAGGCACAGAGUCCCUCGGAGCAGGAAGGACAACCAAGCAAGAGGCUACGCAGAGUGGCCUGCUCUUGCCCCAACUGCAGAGACGGAGAGGGCAGAAACAGCAAUGACCCCACGAAAAAGAAGCAGCACGUGUGUCACAUGGAGGGCUGCGGGAAAGUCUACGGCAAGACGUCUCACCUGCGAGCUCACCUGCGCUGGCACACCGGGGAGAGGCCCUUCGUCUGCAACUGGAUCUUCUGUGGAAAACGCUUCACGAGGAGCGACGAACUUCAGCGGCACCGCAGGACACACACGGGUGAAAAGAGGUUCGAGUGUCCGGAAUGUUCCAAGAGGUUCAUGAGGAGCGACCACCUGUCAAAGCACAUCAAAACCCACCAGGGCAAAAAAGGCGGCGCCGCGUUGGCCAUCCUCACCACCGAGGACAUGGAGGACGAGGUAGAGGAGGCGCUGGGAUCGCCGAGGAUCGUCACCGUCUCCUCCAUCUCGCAGGAUUCGGACCCGGCUACGCCCACCACGUCUAACAACCUGGAGGAGGAGUUCGAGUAGCUCGAGAAGCUCGGGCUACGACUCGUCCUCUUUAAAAGCACCGUGUUCUACGUAUAUCAGCUUUUUAGUUGUCUGCCUUUUGUUCGUUUUUGUAAUUUUCGUUUCUAUUUUCCUUUUUCUCGUUCUUUUGAGAAUGGACAGCUCCAUGGACAGAUUGUUGUUUUGUUUGUUUGUUUUUCUUCCUAUGAAAAUAUAAAACAAAUUAUUAUAUUAGAAAAGGAUCUUAAGAUUAUCAAUGCGAAUUUUGGUUUUUAAAGAGACGUGCAGUGAUUAUCGGAAA